AUGCCCAUCGAGCACUUCCCUCCCGCUUCACCCGACCUAAACCCCAUCACCGAAAUAUUCAACUGGGCCAAGGCUAAUCUCAAGACUGACAAGGACCGCUCUCUUUUCGGCGAGGUCGCCGAGUGGCGCAUCCGACGAGUUGUCCGAGGCACCUGGAACAACAUACCUCAGGAAAACAUGAAAGCGCUCAUUGAGAGCAUGCCUCACCGAUGUCAGGCUGUCAUCGACGCCAAUGGGAUGCAUACCCGAGGCUAG